GCACGCUGACUAUUUGUAGAAAAAGUUGACACAUCACAUGCACAAGCUUACAUCGCACAACGAACAAAUGCAUCAUCACACGCGGCGCACAGACAUGACAGAUGGGGUUUUUAUUUCUCGAUACCUUUUGAUUAACAUGAGCCUCAGUUCAUCAAGAUGCAACUUCUAAGGUAUCUGGGACAACUUCUUUAAUCUCAUCAACAUGGGAAAGAACACGAGAGGCAAGACACAGCUUGAGGUGCGCGUGGACUCUGCCCUGCACAGCAUCGCGCCUCCCAAGCUAACUCGAUCCUCCUGGUGCAAUACAUGCCUAGUGGCCGUCAAGACUGUAGCGUUAGUCUUGUUCUUCUACAGCUGUUCCAUCAGCUUGACGUUCUACAACAAGUGGUUGUUUCAGAAUUUUAAGUUUCCACUGUUCGUCACCAUCAUUCAUCUAGCCAUCAAGUUUGUUAUCGCUGCAGUGGUACGGACAUGUCUUGGUUGUGUAGCUAAAAGGAACAACAUCAUCCUCCCGUGGUCUGUCUAUAUGAAGAGAGUUGCCCCUACUGGUUUCAGUAGUGUUCUGGACAUCGGACUAUCCAAUUGGAGCCUGUUGUACAUCACUGUGUCACUCUACACAAUGUCUAAAUCUACAGCUAUCAUCUUCAUUCUAGUAUUUGCAAUAUUGUUCGGUCUUCAACGAGCGCAUUUCUGCCAGAUCAUCAUUGUCCUGUUCAUAGCCGGGGGGUUGUUCAUGUUCACCUACGAGUCCACUCAGUUCAACGGUGAGGGGUUCACCUUGGUCAUCAUAGCCGCUGUGCUAAGCGGGUUGAGGUGGUCUUUAGCACAGAUACUCACCCAGGAAGAAGAACUAGGUCUUUCAAAUCCAGUGGACCUGAUAUACCACCUUCAGCCUGUCAUGAUUCUGGGACUGAUGCCGUUUGCAUUAUUUGUAGAAGGUUUACACAUAUCCUCCACCAAGUUAUUCCUGGGCUUUGAGGACAUUCAUGUCUUCCUGCAUACGUGGUUGACGAUCCUCUUUGGUGCUGUGUUGGCAUUUAUGCUUGCCAUGUCGGAAUUCUUGCUGCUGUCAAGAACGUCCAGCCUCACUCUCUCUAUAUCAGGAAUAUUUAAGGAAAUCUGCACUCUGUAUAUUGCAUCCGAGUACAGCAACGACAAAAUGUCUCUGCUCAACUUUUUUGGAAUGCUGAUCUGUCUGUCGGGCAUUGGACUCCAUGUUAUCCUGAAGACGAUUGCCUCCAAAGCUAUUACAAACUCCAAGAAUGGCGUAUCCCGUAACGAUGACCACGAGCAGCUGCUCAUGAACGAUGGGACAGCUAAUGAUGACGAAGAUGAAGAAGAAAUAUUUAGUGCUAAAAGAAUGCAUGUUACAAGGUUAUAGUGUUAAAUCAACCCUUGCAAUAAUACUCUUCAGUGGAGGAUCUAGUAUUUAUGGAAAGGGGGUGGGGGUGGGGGUGCAAAAAUGGAGACGAAACCCAAACAUACAAGCAGGACAUAUAUUUGCUCAUACGGAUGACAAUUUUUGUCUUUGAAGUGAUGAACCAGUUGACAGUAGAAGAAACAGGGAACAAAAAACAAGACGUACCUCCUAAAAAAAAUAUUGUGAAAAAAUAUAAAUAUCUUUAUAGGUGCUAUAUCCUUUCUCUGUACAUAAUUUUGAUUACGUGUGCUAGACGACAUUUUCUAUUGAAAAUAGUCAUAAGAUGGUAGAAAAAAAUUUUAAACUCAGAAUGUUUCUGUUUCUUUUGCUAACAUUUCCCGUUCUUUUUGGAACACUUCUGUUCUUUUGGAGAAAAAAAAAUACUGUAACUUAUGGAUCAUUCCUGUUUCUUGGAACACUCUUGUUUUUUUGGGACCUUUUUUUUUUGGGUGGAACAAUCCUGUUACUUUUAGAAUAACCCAGUUCAUAUUGAAACACUUCUGUUAUUAAGUUUAGAGCACCCCUGAUCCUUCCGUUAUAAUAAAAAGAGCCUGUAAAUUGGACCCUUUCUCAUCUUGUAUUGUCAAUUUUAAUAACAUGUUGAAUAAUGAACCCCAUCUCCCCUGCCCAUAAAAUGUUGGUUUCUUUUAGUUAAUAAAUAUUUUCUUUGUAUUACAUUGUUUGGCAUCUCCAAACGUAUUUACAACUCUUGAUAUUUUUCCAGAAUUUUCAAGUUGUCUAUUUAAUAAAUUAAUUUUUUUUUUUUUUUUUUUGGUUAUAAAUAAAUACAAAUUUUCAUCAUAAUGUGUUACUAUUUUAGUAA